UUGUCGGAUGGUGCGUGCGCUGUGCAGGGUGCAAUAUCUCAAGAAGCCUUUACUCAAUGCCAUCAAGCGUCGGGUACGAAGCCCAGAGGUCGAUGGUCUGUCGCCACGGCUUUUCAGUCAGCUGCUGAGCGACUUGCGGCGUCUGAGAUUCAUUGACGCACCGAUGCUUCAAGACAUGUUGAGACACUGGCGCUUCCACGAAAAGUUAGAGGAGGUGAGUGCUUUUGACCUGUCCCUGUUGCUCAUUGCCUUUGCUCGCUCCUCCAUGCGGGAUGAGGACAGCGUGAGCGCCAUCGGCAGAGCCUUGAGGCAAAAGUCCAGCGAAGUCUCUGCCUCUGCUGCUGCGGGAUCUCUCUAUGCCUUAGCUCUUUUGGACGUCACGGAUGAAACAGGCGUCUUCCUGGUGGCCAAAGUUUUGCCACGUUGCCUGGGACAAUCCUCCAACCAGGAGCUGGUGAAUAUCGCCUUUGCUCUGGUUGUCUUGGAUCUGCCUGGUGGCGAACUAUUGAGCUUUGCACUGGAACGACUUGCGCCGCAGGCUGAAUCCUUGGAUACUGUGGGGGUCCAUGCUCUACGCAUCGUGGCACAUGCCGUGAAGUAUCCCGAGGCCCUACGUCCGCGGAUGCGACAGAGCUUCGAGGACGUUGAAGUGAAGAGACGUUGUGUAAAGGGCCUUCAGCAGGUGCUGUUGAAAACUCACCGCAUGGUCAUCCAGUGUCCCACCAUGAGUUCGAAACUACAAAAGGCUUUGGAACGAUACUUUCAGGAGCUCCAAGUUCCACAUCUACAUGAGCAGGCAGUGGGUCCCUACGUGCCGGACUUCGUGUUGCCUUUGAAGAUCGCAGUGGAAGUCGAUGGCUACACCCAUUUCUACGCCUUUUCGCAACGGCUCACCGCCAAGUCUGAGCUCAAACGUCGAAUUCUCCGGGCGCUUGGAUGGGGUGUGGUGAGUUUGCCUCACUUCCACUGGUUGGAGCUGGGACACCAGGAAAAGUUAGUCUUUUUGAUUGAGCAGAUUGAGGAGGUCUCGCAGAGCUCCUUUUCCGUGGUGCAAAGAACGCCCUUGGAAGGUUUCUCACCCCCGCUGCACAGGUCAUUUGAUCGGCGCCCAAAAGGCAAGCUAUAUGGUCACCAACGCUGAUUUCUGCAUUUCUGCCUCGUCAAAAGUCCUGCGGCGGUCGGCGAUUCCACGUGGGAAUCUGAAAAAUGCAGUGGGUGAAUGGGAG